AUGACAAAUUCUUUCCAACCCUCGACAGCUGAUCUUGCGGGCAUUAUUGCGACGUUGAACAAUUCGAGCAAGUGGGAGUUUCAAGGCACAACUUGUUCUACAAAAGAGUACUUCGACGAAUUUGAUGCAGAUCUUACUGCACUUUCGGCGGAGGAACGCUCCCGCAACUUUGACUCUGCGACCGUAGAAGGCAGCCAGUACGACAAAUUGACAAAUGUACCUGCGCGGCCAUGUUCAUUUGGCCAUUGCCUAUCUGGCGGCACUUGUGUCGCAAGCUCGUAUGCAGAUACGGAGGCUUCCAUGAAGCCAAACUAUACCGCUUCCUCUUGCGAGUCGCUGUCACAAUACUCGACUCUUAACCCAACUCCAACCAACUCCGUUGACCAACACGUGGAUGACAAAGCUCUCUCAAGCCAAAAUGACUCGGUCGAGCACCAACAACAAUUUGCAUUGUCAGACUUUCCACUCCACCCUCGCGGGUCGACGCCGCUCGAAUCUUGGUUGGAUACACCUCAGCGACACGAGCAAAUUGCGUACAAUUUGUCAGACCCCGCGGCCGAUCCUAUUGUACACCAGAAGAUAAACAAACGGGCCGGCAGAACGAUUUCAAAAAGCAAGUGA